AUGAAGGGGCUGCCAAGUACUGUCGUCUGCGUCGCAGUUGCUUUUCUCAGGGUUUUUGUGCAUGGUUUUUGCUCUCCAACUCGGCUGGAGAGCUCCAGAUCUGCUCCCUCCCAUCACCCCCUCCGUGCCACACUGACUCUCCUGCGGUUUCCCCCUCGUUCUUCCCUUCUCACCCACUCCUUUUCGGGAUUUUUCAAGUCACAUUCAGUUGAUAGGAUGAAAAAAUUUAAGAGAAGGCUAUCCCUCACGCUUCGAGGAAGCCAGACUAUUGAUGAAUCAUUGUCUGAACUGGCUGAGCAAAUGACUAUUGAAGAAAACAGCAGCAAAGAUAAUGAGCCUAUCGUGAAGAAUGGCAGGCCUCCAACCUCGCACAGUAUGCACUCCUUCCUCCACCAGUACACAGGAUCCUUUAAGAAGCCCCCAUUGCGGAGACCACAUAGCGUUAUUGGAGGAAGCCUUGGUUCCUUCAUGGCAAUGCCCAGAAAUGGAAGCAGAUUAGAUAUUGUUCAUGAAAAUCUAAAAAUGGGAUCAGAUGGCGAGAGUGACCAAGCUUCUGGGACAUCAUCUGAUGAAGUCCAGUCACCUACGGGUGUUUGUCUUAGAAAUCGUAUACAUAGGCGGAUCUCAAUAGAGGAUUUAAAUAAGCGGUUAUCACUGCCUGCAGAUAUCAGAAUACCUGAUGGGUAUCUUGAAAAGUUGCAGAUAAACAGUCCACCAUUUGAUCAACCCAUGAGCCGAAGGUCUCGGAGAGCUUCCUUAUCAGAAAUUGGGUUUGGAAAAAUGGAAACCUACAUCAAAUUGGAAAAGCUUGGAGAGGGUACAUAUGCAACAGUAUAUAAAGGAAGAAGUAAAUUGACAGAGAAUUUGGUGGCCUUGAAAGAGAUCCGGUUGGAACAUGAAGAAGGUGCACCCUGCACAGCAAUAAGAGAAGUUUCACUAUUAAAGGAUCUAAAGCAUGCAAAUAUAGUAACCUUACAUGACAUUGUUCAUACAGACAAGUCUUUGACUCUGGUCUUUGAGUAUCUGGAUAAAGAUCUAAAACAGUACAUGGAUGACUGUGGAAACAUCAUGAGUAUGCACAAUGUAAAGCUGUUUUUAUACCAGAUUCUACGUGGUCUGGCAUAUUGCCACAGAAGAAAGGUGUUACACCGAGAUUUAAAACCACAGAACCUCCUCAUUAAUGAAAAAGGAGAAUUAAAGCUAGCAGAUUUUGGACUAGCCAGAGCCAAGUCAGUUCCCACAAAGACCUACUCAAAUGAAGUUGUCACACUUUGGUACCGGCCGCCUGAUGUGCUUCUGGGUUCCUCAGAGUACUCAACACAGAUUGACAUGUGGGGUGUUGGUUGCAUUUUCUUUGAAAUGGCUUCUGGAAGACCUCUGUUUCCAGGAUCAACUGUGGAAGAUGAACUGCACUUAAUUUUCCGACUGCUAGGAACUCCAUCUCAGGAAAAUUGGCCAGGUGUUUCUUCAAAUGAUGAGUUCAAGAACUACAACUUUCCAAAAUAUAAACCGCAGCCUCUAAUUAACCAUGCACCCAGGUUAGACUCUGAAGGAAUUGAGUUGAUAACAAAAUUUCUUCAGUAUGAAUCUAAGAAAAGGGUUUCAGCAGAAGAGGCCAUGAAACAUGUGUACUUUCGAAGUCUGGGACCAAGAAUACAUGCUCUACCUGAAAGUGUAUCAAUAUUCAGUUUGAAAGAGAUUCAGUUGCAAAAGGAUCCCGGUUUUCGAAAUUCUUCUUAUCCAGAGACAGGACAUGGGAAGAACAGAAGACAGAGCAUGCUCUUUUAAGUCUGAUAACAUGGUUUCAAGCCCAGCCCCCAGCCUUUCUUAUCAAUCAAGGACUCAAAUCUGAAGGCAAUUA